AUGGAAGGGGACAUUCGUAAAGAACGCGGGGAAUUUGAGUGCGUGGCGAGCGGCGCGGCGGUACCGCAUCCGGAAAAGAUGAAGCGCGAGGGCAUGCGAGCGCUCGUGCGACGAACGCACGGACACGGAGGAGAGGACGCGUAUUUCACCGCGCGUGGACCAGAUAACACUAUGGGCAUGGGGAUCGCCGACGGUGUGUACUUGUGGCGUUGGCAAGGUAUCGACGCGGGCGAGUACAGUCGAUUACUCAUGAACCACGCCGCCGAGGCGUUGCGGUCGGGGAAAGAGAAUCGACCGACCGCCAUGCUCACGCACGCGUACGAGCAAGUGACCGCGGCGGGCAUGAAGGGAAGUACCACGGCGUGCGUGGUCGUCAUCGAUAGCGAACACGGUUUGCUAUACGGCUCGAACGUCGGUGAUAGCGGAUUCAUGCUCAUUCGCGGCGAACGGGGGGCGCGAUUUUGCGCGCAUCGCAGCCCGCCGCAAGAGCACGAUUUCGGCUGUCCAUUUCAGCUCGGACAUCACGAAGCGAGCGAUAAGGCGAGCGAUGCGAUGCGCACAAAGUUAUAUCUCGAACAUGGCGACAUCGUCGUCCUCGGUUCGGACGGGUUGUGGGAUAACCUGAGCGAAGUCGAAGUGCUGGAGAGCGUCGAAGCGUCCGUCGCCGAGGGCGCGUCCAUCGACGAGAGACUCAUGGACGUCGCGGCGAGGAAUUUGCUCUCGAAAGCGUACGAGGUGAGCAUGGAUAAAUCGCGAACGACACCGUAUUCUCUCGCCGCGACGGAGCAUUUCGACAUGGUGUAUAGCGGCGGAAAGAAGGACGACAUCAGCGUCGUCGUCUGCCACGCUCGAAUCGGGAACGGUGCCGAUCGCUAG